GUAGAUGGCGACGCAAUGAUAAAUCAAGUUUACAAAAUGGCAGCCCCCACGUUAUUUGUUACACUGAUCGGAGUGACAGUGAGAUCCGUACUAUUCAACUCGUUUGUAUCAAGCUGGCUGACUGAUCGAGUUGAAAUUUCUACACCUCUUACAUCAUGGAAAUCGAUGGUCGAAGGUUUGACUUUGCUUGAGAGGGGGAUUUCGCCGUAUGCUGGAGAUACUUUCCAUGAAACCCCUUUGUUGCUAUAUAUCUUCUACUAUGUGCGUUCCAUCUCUCCGACCCUGGUGCCGGUAAUGUUUGUCAUGGUGGAUCUGAUGACGGCAUUCAUACUGCACAAGGUGGCCACCAGGACAAUGAAAUACUUGUACAAUCUGCAGAAAUGGGAGGAGAAGAGUUAUGCUUCAGGAGUUGAUCCUCUUCUCAUCCUCUCAUCGGAUGUCAUUUCUAUUCCUGACUUGGCUAUGGCAAUUUACUUGCUGUGUCCAUAUAGCAUCGUGACCUGUGUAGCUCAGUGCACCGUUGUGUUUACCAAUCUUACCCUAGCGGCUACUUUUCUCUUCACGUUACAAGGAAAUGCAGUUGCAGCCACUUUGUGCCUUGCCUUUGCCUCAUACCAGUCUCUGUACCCAGUCACGUUAAUUGUUCCACUUGCAAUGCACAUAGCCAUCAUCAAAAUGCAGGCAUCUCAAGAUAAAUCAGUGAAUUACCAAAGACCAGAGGCGGUACAUUCUAUCAUGUUAACUGGAGCUAUCUUCUUUUUCUGGUUAGCCUGUUUACUGGGUCUCUCCUUCCUCAUGCUCGACUCAUGGGGGUUCCUAAGGUCUACUUAUGGAUGCAUAUUAGCAGUGCCCAACCUACAGCCCAACAUGGGUCUUUUCUGGUACUUCUUCACAGAGAUGUUUGAACACUUCAGGACAUUUUUCCUCUGGAUUUUUCAAAUUAAUGUCUUCAUCUAUAUAGCUCCCUUGGCAAUUAAAAUGAGAGAGCACCCGUUGUUCAUAAUGCUGGUCCAGUGUAUUCUGAUCGCCAUCUUCAAGUCGUAUCCAUCGGUCGGGGACACCACUCUCUACCUAGCCCUACUACCCAUCUGGUCUCAUACGUUCCACUAUUUCCGUAACAGCCUGGUGGUUGGCGUGAUGAUGCUGCUAGCUUCACUCUUAGCCCCGGUUCUCUGGCAUCUCUGGAUCUAUGCUGGCAGUGCCAAUGCAAACUUCUUCUUUGCCUUCACACUCAUCUACAAUACAGCACAGAUUUUUCUCGUGACUGAUCUUGUCUUUGGUUUUCUGCGACGGGAGUUUGCUCUCAAACACGGGAUGGAGCCGCUCGACGAAGAUGGCAACAAGAGACCUAUUAGACUACAAUGAGAGCGCUCCCCACUAAACCAGUCUGAACCAGUCUGAACCAGUUUAAACCAGUGUGAAACUAGGAUAUCCUUCAUAGACCAAACUCACAAAGAAGUCCUUUUGAAUCAGGAAAACUGAAAGAGAAGGAUCUGUUCUGGGGAGAGGUGAAAAAUAAUUUGUG